CACAAACUUCCUCCAGAUUCUGCACCGAAGGUAAUUCCAGGUACACUCAAUAUCAUGAGCGCGACGAAGACGAUGCUGAAUGUGAAUGAAGAGUCCGGAAGCUCGCCGCCGGGGCUUCUUUUCGAGGAUGGUGGGAGCAAAGAACGUCCACUAUUAGAGAAAAAACAGCUUCUCGCCGGAACACCGGAAAGUGGCAGAAAACUCAAUAACUCUGCUCGUGACGGUCUUCAAGCAUCAAUCAGGAAAGCUUCGAAGGAGAUCAUUGCAGAUGAGCUCCCACGGUCAUCGUCCGCUCUACGUGUUUCUAUCGCCACUUUCUCUGUGCCGAUUCUGAUCCGAUUAGCAUCGACAAACGUCCUCAUCUUUCUCCAGACAGCGUACUUAGGCCAUUGUGGGGUCUUAUACUUGGGUGCCAGUGCCUUGGGAGACAUAAUAACGAACACAGCAGCAGUAUGCCUGCAGUCACGAGUAAGCCGAAAUUUCAUGACCCUGGCGUAUGGUGCAGGGAACUACAAGGAAGUCGGGUUGUGGCUCUACACGGCUUUGUACUGUUUGUAUGCAGUAUGUGUGCCGGUGAUGAUCAUCUUCUGGAGUGUCAACUGGUACUUCUGAUGAUGACGUUACUCGAUUCGGAUUGGACCUACGACUUCCCUGAGUUCUACGGAUUUCGCUGAUUUUGAAGCUGUGAAGGUGGUGCUCCGUUGUUUCUACACCUGGCACUUCUACUUAACCUUGGGAUCGUUUGCUUCGUUUCUGAUGCAGCACUCCUACUCCCCAUUCUCUCCUUCCAUGCAACAACCUUACACCCAACAACUUUGACAGGGUCUUAACCACUUGGUUCGGCGUUGACCCCAGCAUUGCUGCCCUCGGCGGUUAUUAUCAAAGCCGCAUGUCUCUUGCCCUACCAGCCACUGUUCUCUUCCUCGAGCUUAGCAACUAUUUCGCAGCACAAGGUCGCACCGAACCUGGCGUCACUGCCCCAACUGCUGCUAUCCUGUUCGAAAUUUUUGUUGGGUUACAAGUCAUCUUCGGCGUUCCAUUAGGAGACAACUGGGGUUCCUUUCAAAUCGGUGGUUACGGGUUCUUCGCAGUGCCAGUUGUAUGGUCCUGCAUGAUGUGGAUUUGCGGUCUUUUCGUUGUGUUUUACUACUGCUGCUACCUGAAGUGGCAUAGGAAGUGUCUUGGGGAUGUCAGCAUGUUCGACCCUAGAAUACCAGGCAUGAUGUCGCAGUACUUUCGCAUGUAUGUGCCUUCACAAACGGCCAUGGCCAGUGACAUCCUGAGAAUGAGUUUGAUAUCGGGGGUCGUAGCGACGCUGGGGACGACUGAGGUACUGUAAAAUUUGAUGAAUUUCUGAUGACUUUGAAUACAUUCAACACGGCAAUAGACACUAAUAAAUUCUGUGCUUGAAAUACGUGAUUUCUAAACGAGUAUAUUCGUACGUUCCUUUACCCCUUUUUCGAAAUCGAAAUGAGGCUUCUUUUAUAUGUUUUCAUUUCGAAAAUUUGAAUGUGAAAAAAAAAAGAAAUAUAGUCAAAAAUUUCUUGUUAAUCCAAAAAAUUUUGAUUUUAUCCAGUUUUAUUCUAAUUAAUUUCCUGGUGAGGCGUUUGACAGAAGAUCUGAAACUGAAAAUUUCACUAACUUGAAUUUUGAAUUAUGGAUUUCCAACUUUAUUCAACCCACCUCCAUAUCAGAUUGUUAUACCAGAAUCUUCUCACUAACACUAUUUAGAGUUUUAUGGUAGCACGGUAGAAGUCGAUUUCAAAAGUCCAUGGUCUAAGAAUAGAAUAUUCGAUGUUUCUUUUUCUUCCUCCGUUUUGCUCGAAUAUGGCGUUUUUUUUUUUCGGUUUCUUGAACAAGCAUACCAUGUUUCAAUCUACUAGUUCACCCAACAUCCUCUCAUAUCAGGUUGCCGUUUUCAAAACCACGACUAUCAUCGCCCUUCUCGCAGCCUCAUGCACCUACGGCCUUGCAACUGGGGUAACGCGGUACCUAGCAGUAGCACUCGGAGCGAAGUCAAAAGCCGAUGCGCAGCACGUCUUUCGGCAGGGCUUCAUCCUCGAGUUUGCCUUCGUUUUUCUGAAAGGGCUGGUGAUUUACUUGAGUGCGCCUUACUUAUGAUGGGAAUGAAUUGUGGUCAUCGAGCUUAGUGUGGGGGAUGCGUUUUGAAACGCAAGUUUCUCAUGCUGUCGAGAAUUUUGACAGCAUGACACGACCGAUUCGCAUCGUGUCAAACAGGAAUCCAGCGACGACAAUCCAAUACAGGAGAUCUGCGAAUUGCCUCAGACCCAUGUACUUCGACGACCGGCCGGGUUGGAUUGUCGUCGGUGGACUUCAGUUUUUCAUGAUAUGCGUUGGCCGUGUCAUGCUGUCGAAAAUUUCGACAGCACUAGAAACUUUUCUUUGAAACCAUUGUGCUCGAUGCGAUAAGAGGGAAAGAAAGUUGUAGGUAGCAAAAUUUUCACACGUUGUACUUUCUGCGUUCGGCGGAGUAGGAGUCUUACACUAGUAGCCUACUACCAGAUGAUGAUUAUGCUCAUUGUCGGCUUCUCUAACCUCCGUCGCGCCUCUCUUUGCAGACGACCCAGUCUUUUUCGAAACCUUUGACGCUAUCAAGCUCGCCUUAGCCGUUCAAGCUGCGUUGCAGUGUUUAGCGCUUUUCUGUGAGGAGACUUUCGUCACCCUGCAGAAAAACCGGACCCUCUUCGUGGUUAGUUUAACCAGUAGCUGGAUCGUGCAGGUGCCGUUGGUGUUUUUCGUGGGACACCAUUUGGAUGAGAUACUGGCCCACACAAGCAGUAGUAGCAAACUAGCCGAAGCGGAGCAGUCUUCAUCAUCACAUGCGGUGCAAGCGCUACCCUACGUCUACUGGACACAAGCAGCAGCAUAUCUGAUCUACCUGUCGUUUUAUCUCGUCUACUUUGUCUUUUUCCUGGACUGGGACAGAGAAAUCGAGAACAUCCAGAAAUCUAGGGAUGAGACAGAGGAAAUGAACAAUAGGAACAAUACUAGUGAAAAUAGUAAAAAUAGUGCUCUUGUUGGUGGUGAAGCAGUAGAGGGUGUUUGUGGAGGAUGUGCGUGUGGUGGUACAAAGGAGAAAUGAAUCCAGAGGACCUGAACCGCCCAUGUGACCUCAAUACAAAAGUAGUCAAUGUUGACAUAAUAAAUAGCGUGCUGCAUAGUCAUGAAUAUUUUGCUUUUGAUCAUUUAUGUGCAUUUCCAUUUCGCCAGAAUAGCUGCAGAUCAUAUAUGCUCAGCCAUACGAUUAGUCAAUCACAUGAAGAUCGCUCAUUUGGCAUCACAUUGUCCUCUUUCAAUAUCACGCUAGUCGAUUCCGUAUAGUCUGUUUACAGCGAAGACCCCUCUCACUCCGAUAGUCAUUUUCUUAUGUAUAAGUUUUGUUACCAUGCUGUUGCUGCUUACUCUUGAGUGUUACAACUCAAGAUGAUGUGUGGAGAACGAAAAACUUGAGAAUAAACAUAGUUAGAGUUGCAAAUUUGUGGCAAGGGAGGCCUCGCUGACAGGUUUGUUACUGCAGAUAAAGUCAAGGCAAUGAAUACAUUCGAACCGCCGUGGUCUAUUUCGCGUCUAGGAUGCUCUUCCUUGUCCUCGUGGGGAUAAGACAAAG